AUGAAGAUUGUACGAAAUGGUGGAGAAGGGGAAAGAGUUCAGAAAGGCUCUGGCGAUGGCCGUAACAACACACCAGGAGUGUUCGGAGGCAGUGUUACAGAUGACGUGGCUGCGGCUCUUGAUAAGUGUUCCGCAGCGGUCGUCAGGCGGAGGUCCGUGCGCGGGGGUGUUAGGCCAGGUGUCUGUGCCCAGCGGGGGGGUGCGGCGGGCGGUACUUGGGGCGAGCGGCUGUUGGCCGACACCACCCACCCCCACCAUCUCCACCACAUCCAACACCCACCAAAACAACCCAAUACACCCCAUCAAACACCCACCGAACCCCCACAAAAACCCCAACACCGGAACCUCAGCUGGACAUGCCGUUUUUCCCAGUCAAUUCAGCCUACUUUCAAAUCACAAACCAUAAUCGAAGCGAUGGCCUCCGAGCGGGAGAACCAAGUCUACAUGGCCAAAUUGGCCGAGCAGGCUGAGCGAUACGAUGAAAUGGUCACAUUUAUGAAAGACGUUGCAAAGCUCGGUGCCGAACUGACGGUUGAGGAGCGCAACCUGCUCUCGGUUGCCUACAAGAAUGUGAUCGGUGCUCGCCGUGCCAGCUGGCGUAUCAUCUCCUCAAUCGAGCAGAAGGAAGAUACCAAGGGCAACGAAGUCCAUGUGGCCAAAAUUAAGGACUACCGUACAAAGGUCGAGGCUGAACUCGCCGAAGUCUGCAAUGACAUCUUAUCUGUCCUCGAUCAGCACCUCAUCCCCAGCGCCGAAGCGGGAGAGAGCAAGGUGUUUUACCACAAGAUGCAGGGUGACUACCACCGAUACUUGGCUGAAUUUGCCUCUGGGGAUGGCCGAAAGACUGCCUCGGACGCUGCCCACGAAUCCUACAAGCAGGCCACCGAAAUAGCCCAAUCGGACUUGACCCCCACCCACCCUAUCCGCCUUGGCUUGGCUCUGAAUUUCUCAGUCUUCUACUACGAAAUUCUUAACUCUCCCGACCGGGCAUGCCACCUCGCGAAACAAGCCUUUGAUGAUGCGAUCGCCGAAUUAGACACACUAAGCGAGGAGAGCUACAAGGACUCGACCCUGAUAAUGCAACUCUUGAGAGACAACCUCACACUCUGGACCUCCGAUCUCCAUGAUGCGGAAGAAAAGCCGGCUGAAGCCGCCCCAGUCGAGGCUGCCGCUGCCCCUGAAGCAGCACCAACCGAAGCCCCUGCGCCUUGA